UUCAUUUUGGAAAUUAAAUAAUAAUUUAUCGAUAAUUCAUCAAGAAAAGUAUUUAACCUACCUUCCACAUAGUGGUUUUAAUAAUCAAAGAAUGGAAUUAGAAUAUGCCAUAUUUUUGGCAUGGUAUUUGAAUAGAACUUUAAUAAUUCCACAUCUUCUGUUGUUUAAAGGAGCUGCACCAAUAACAUCAAAGUCUUAUGAUAGCAUGUAUAAAGAUUUAAACGUGCUUAUUACAUCCGGUAAACUUCGCAAAAAGAAAGUAACUUAUACCAAGUGGAAUUGGGAAGAACUUAUGGACUUUACAUUUGUAAAACAAAACAUAAAGUACAUCCAUCGUCAAGAUUUUAAUUUCACACAAUUGAUAGAAUCACUUCACAUUAAUAAUAACGCGGAAGUGUAUAAAAUAAUUAAUAGUCGUCAGCAACAAUAUUAUGAUGACCCUACAUCAACAACAGAACUUGGUUAUUUACAAGAACGCGUAAAUCUGAUCGAUUUAAAAAAUAGGAAUGAAAAAUUAUUACAUUUUGGAAGCUUAUUUGCUGAAGUAAAGAUUAUUGCUCAAUUACCUGAAAAUCAAAAAUUUUGGAGCCAGUUAAAACAUAAGAUGUUAAUAAAUAAUUUAAUGAUAAUUAACAUUGUCAAUGAUAUUAUCGAUAAAAUUGGUGGGACUGAUAAUUUUAUUGGUGCACAUGCAAGAAUAGGUGAUAGCAGAUUUGAAAUAAACAAAAAUCAAACGGUACAAAAACUUAUCAAAAGUCUUCAAGAAGAUUUUAAGCAUAUAAAAGAAAAAAAUAAUAGUUCUUGUUCACCUACAAAGAUUUUUCUGGCUACAGAUGUACAAAAGAAUGACACUUCUAUCAGACCAUUUUUUCAAACUUUUCCUUGUAUAUAUGUGCUAAGUGAUUUUAAUGAUUUAUUAGAACCUUUAAAAUCUUUAAAAAACCCCAUGGAUG